AUGGAGCAGCAUGUUGGCAGAGUCGAGGAGGCGUCAAGCAUUCCAAUCAAUGCAGCCUCCUCGACCGAAGCCGGACUUCAUUCGCGGUCCGGCUCUGUGCCUCACAUCAACCUCAAUUCCAACAUUGAAGCAAAAAUCAAGAAUCCAUUGAUAGGGAUUCCUCGGCGAGUUCUCCUCGGCAAUGUCGACGAAUUCUGCCGCGAAAAGGACCUUGGCGAGUAUCGCGACCUCAUUCGACGGGGAGCGCUUGUUGCCCAGGAUCCCACCGGAUACGAAGAUAUCACUGGCUCGCAAGCACUCAGCCAGGAAGAGAUUGAGUCUCUCCGCGCCGAAGUCCUCCACAAGUGGCGAAUUCCAAAAGUCCUCUAUCUCACCGUCAUUACUUGCUCAAUCGGGGCUGCGGUCCAGGGAUGGGACCAGACUGGCUCCAACGGUGCAAAUCUCAUCUUUCCACACGUGUUUGGCAUCGAGAGCCCCAGCGUUCAUGACAAGCUGAUUGUUGGACUCGUCAAUGCUGCCCCCUACAUUGGGACCGCUCUGGCCGGAUGCUGGCUCUCCGAUCCCAUCAACUCUUACAUUGGUCGCCGUGGUACCAUUUUUGUAGCCGCAAACUUUUGCCUUUGGCCAGUUCUUGCCAGUGCCUUUUGCAACACCUGGCAGCAGCUGUUUGGAUGUCGACUGCUUCUGGGCGUGGGCAUGGGGACCAAGGCUUCUACGGUGCCUAUUUACGCCGCCGAAAAUUCGCCUGCUCCUAUUCGUGGUGCCUUGGUCAUGAGUUGGCAGUUGUGGACGGCCUUUGGGAUAUUCCUGGGAACGUGUGCCAACCUGGCUGUCAGAGGAGUAACCGCGGAUGCAUGGCGAUUCCAACUAGGCUCUGCCUUCAUCCCAGCUGUUCCACUGGCCAUUCUCAUUUACUUUUGUCCCGAGUCUCCCCGUUGGUAUAUCAAAAAAGGUCGAUACAGAGACGCCAUGAGAUCGCUCAUGCGAUUGCGAAAUACGCCCAUCCAAGCAGCGCGAGAUUUAUAUUACAUCCACGUCCAGCUUCAAGUAGAAAAAGAAUUCAUGGGGCAUGGGGAUUACUUGAACCGAUUCAUCGACCUCUUCAGGAUCCCGCGGAUCCGCCGAGCUACUCUGGCGUCCUUUGUUGUCAUGAUUGCACAGCAAAUGUGCGGCAUCAACAUUAUCGCCUUUUAUUCGGCUGAUGUUUUUAGGUCUGCAGGGGCAGACCAAUUCCAAUCACUGUUGGCCACGUGGGGAUUCGGCUUGGUCAAUUUCCUAUUUGCCUUUCCGGCCAUUUGGACCAUUGACACGUUUGGACGCCGAUCUCUCUUGUUAUUUACCUUUCCGCAAAUGGCCUGGACGUUGCUGGCUGCUGGAUUAUGCAACUUGAUUCCGGGACAGGGCGGCUUGCACAUGGGUCUGGUGGCCCUCUUUGUGUACUUGUUCGCGGUAUUCUACUCGCCAGGCGAAGGCCCUGUUCCCUUCACCUACUCGGCCGAGGUGUUUCCUCUGUCUCAUCGCGAGGUCGGCAUGGCGUGGGCGGUGGCGACCAACCUCUUUUGGGCAGCAGUUCUCUCCAUUUCAUUCCCUCUGAUGCUCGACCGAAUGGGCGUCUUUGGGGCGUUUGGAUUCUACGCGUUUCUCAACAUGGCGGCUUUGGUGUUGAUAUUUCUGUUUGUCCCCGAAACUAAACAACGAACAUUGGAGGAGCUGGAUUACAUCUUCGCCGUGCCUUCAAGGGUCUUUAUGCGUUAUCAAACGACCAAGACUCUUCCCUUUUGGUUCAAGCGGUGGGUCUUGCUUCGAAAGAAUGAGACGCUUAAACCGCUGUACACGCUGGAUGUUGCACAACACCAGGAGGAAGAGGACGAAGAAGAGGAAUAUGACGGCAGUGACGCCGCAUUUGAAACCGAUAAAGUAAGAGUUGAAAUGAAGGAUAUAGCGGGGUACACGACGCACACGAGUGCGACGACAGACUCGAUACGUCGAAGCAACAGUAGCUAA